CUCUCUCUCUCUCUCUCUCUCUCUCUCUCUCUCUCUCUCUCUCUUUCUCUCUCUCUAAAACAGCUUCAGCUCACUCACCGUGGAGACGUUCAGAAGGAAGGUCUGCUACUCUCACUCCACUCAUCUCUACCACUGAAACACAGCAACACAGGCAUUGAGUGAUUGAUCUUUGCUGCCAUGGAGGGUAAUCACAGUGGCUCAGCUGGAAGCACACAGCCAUCUGGUUCAGGAGAGCACACAGAUGGACACAUAUACGAAGUCGCCGUGCAGAACAACUCCUCCAACCGCAGCUCCCAGUUUGCAGACGUGGCCCUGCUGCAGACCUUCAAGCCGCUCAUUAUCCCCUGCUACGUGCUUGUCUUGGUGGUGGGUGUCUUCGGGAAUUACCUGCUCCUGUAUGUCAUCUGCCGCACGCGCAAGAUGCACAACGUGACCAACUUCUUCAUAGGGAACUUGGCCUUCUCUGACAUGCUCAUGUGUGUGACGUGUGUGCCAUUCUCUCUCGCCUACGCCUUAAACCCACGCGGCUGGGUGUUUGGCCGCUCCAUGUGCUAUGUAGUAUUCCUGAUUCAACCGGUGACAGUCUAUGUUUCAGUCUUCACGCUAACUGCUAUUGCUGUGGACAGAUAUUAUGCAACCGUGCAUCCCCUGAAGAAGCGUACCACUGUGUCUACCUGUGUCUCCGUCCUCAUCGGCAUCUGGCUGCUGUCCUGCGGGCUCGUAGCUCCGGCCGUCACUCACACCUACCACGUGGAGUUUAAAGAUGAAGGCUUCACCAUCUGUGAGGAGUUCUGGUUGGGACAGGAGAAAGAAAGACGUGUCUACGCAUACAGCACCCUGCUGGUCACAUACGUCCUGCCUUUGUCAGCUGUGUUUGUCUCUUAUCUCUGUAUUACUGUGAAAUUAAAGAAGUGCGUUGCCCCGGGAAACAGGACACAAGACCAGGCGGGCGUUCAUCAAGCUCGGAAGAGGAAGAUCUUUCGCCUCGUUGCACUCUUGGUGUCUGCGUUUGCAUUGUGUUGGCUCCCCAUUCAUGUAUUCAACGUGCUGCGAGAUAUAGAUAUUAAUCUCAUCAACAAGCACUACUUUUUACUCAUCCAGCUGCUGUGCCACCUGUGCGCCAUGAGCUCGUCUUGCUGUAACCCUUUCCUCUAUGCAUGGCUACACGAUCGCUUUGGGGCGGAGUUACGGAAAAUGUUUCAGUGCCGUCAUCGCAUCGGAGUGCCUACCAAUCACUGUGCUGCCAGUGUGGUGCUGUGAUGAGCCGGUUAUUGUUUUUAGUUUAAAUGUAUUAUUCAUAUUGAGUACCUGCAGGAAUCUUAGGGGAAAACAUUUUGUUGUCAAAGAUUGGAGUUUAUUCUGUUGCAAACAGGAAGCUUUCAAGGCAAUGCAUUAAGUAUGUUUUGUUCCAAAAAUGAUGGAUUGGACGGAAGUGAAUCUUGCAGAGAGGCCAAUCUUUUGGAACCACAAAAUGAUUCAAUUUAAUGUCCUCCCUGUUAACAGAUAACUUUAGCUAACCAAGAAAUCAAUUGGUCAUGUCAUUUGGAAGUAUCUUUCCUCUGUGGACCAGCAAUACUUACUAAUGGUAAAGUAAUCUAACGAUCAGAUAUCAUUAACAAGUUCCUUGUCAAGAGGGGAAAUCUGAAAGGAAAUGGUUCAUCUAUUGGGGAACAUUAGCACGCCAAUACAAUAUCAUGCAGAUCUCCUACUUGG